AUGAGGACGACGGACGCCGCCGGACGCGCCUGCCGCCACGGACGAGGACGCGCUGGACGCCCUGUGGCUGUGCCUGCAACCGCAAAACGGUGCGUGGUGCGUGUGCCGCUCGGACGCGCGCUGCAGAAUACGCUGGACUACGCGUGCGGCGGCGGCGCCGACUGCAAGCCCAUCCUGCAGAACGGCGCCUGCUUCGCGCCAGACACCAUCAAGGCCCACUGCUCCUACGCCGUCAACAGCUUCUACCAGCGCAACAACCGCAACAACCAGAACCCGCAGGCCUGCGUCUUCUCAGGCACCGCCGCGCUCUCCAACAACGACCCGAUGCAGCAGGAAGGUAGCAAGCCCUCGCCAACAACAGUUCCAGCCUUUGUUGGUUCCAGAACUCUACUGGAUUCCUUCUUCACCUGCAGUAGGAUCCCUGGAUAA